CAUGGCACUGAGCGCCGGGCGGGGGCUUCGCUGCGCCGCUGCUGGGAGGCGUCGCGAGUGCCUGCAUUUGAUCGUGAGGACGUCGUGGGAUUCGCUCAGCGCGCAUCUCGCGAAUGAUGGAGGUAAGGCGAUCGGCAAAGCGAAGGCGCAGAGUGAUGCUUCUGCCAGGGCUGCUGCAUUGCCAUCGCCAAGCAAGGAAGAGAGGUCCAAGCCUGGUGCCGCGAGGAAGCAAGGAGAAACAGCGAAGGCGAUUGAUUAUAGGAAGAAGCCUGUGCUUGUUGUUGACAAGGAGAAGGAAUGUCCAGUGGAUGAUAAGAAGAAAAACUUGGGACGUGCUCUUGGCGAGAAGAAAAGCUUGGAGCCAGUUCUUAGCGAGAAGAAGGCUGUGGUUGGAGAGAAGAAGAAAAGCUCGGUAUCGAUUCUUGGCGAGUACAAGUGCUUCAAACUUAGCGAGGAGAAACGAAGCAUUGCUGACGAGAAGAAAGGCCUGGACAAGAAAGAAGUUUCUGAUGCUAUGAAGGUCGUUUCAAGCAAGGAAAGUGGUCGGGGUUCGAGAAGGACGGAUGAGAAGUCGGAUGGAAAGGUGAAUUCGUCCGAGGUACACGAGAAGAAGUUGGCAGAUGCUAGAAAGGAGUUUCCUUCGAAGCACAGUAGGCGGGAUUUCCAGAAGAAACUUAACGACAGGAUGGAAGAGAAGGAGAGCUCGAGAAAGCUCGAAGAGAAGAGGAAUAGAAGAAGCUCGGUGACGAAUGCCGUGGAGAGAAUCAACAUGAAGAAGGGUGCCGAGAGAAGAUCGAACCCGCGGGAUGGAAAAACUGCCGACUCGGAAAAACCUCCUGGCGAUGAGACUGCCGUGCAGAGGCUCCAAAAGGAAGCAGUGACUGACCGCGACAAGGCUGCUCGUGACAAGCUCGAGGAGCUCUCGGAAGCCAACAAGAGAUUCAAGGACGAGCUAAAGAGCGAGAGAAGGUGGCGAAAGUGGGAGGGAGUUAAGCAGGAGUUUAAGCUCGAGGAGGACGACUGGAAGGCAUGGGGGCGCGAUCGACGAGACAGCUACCGGCGAGAGCUCUCAAACGCGAGAGGUCGUCUGGAGCAGCGUGACGGUGGUGGCGAGUACAGAAGCAUCGAUCCAGCAAGCAAAGAAAAGCUCGAAGAGAUGAAAGCUGUGGAGAGCCUCAAGCACCGCCGCGAGCUCUUCUACAGCCAGCCUGCGUGCGUCGACACUUUCGAGCUCGGAGACGCGCUGCGAGAGUGUGCCAGGACGAGGAACUUGGCCGAAGGGAGGAAGAUCCACGCUCGACUCGCCGAAGGCUUCUACGAUCGACACACUUACCUCGGCAACCUCUUGAUCCAGAUGUAUGGAAACUGCGGCAAGAUCGAGGAGGCUCGCAGCGUCUUCAACAUGCUGGACGAGAAGAACGUCUUCUCGUGGAACAUCAUGCAAGCGGCGUUCAUCCAGAACGGAUUCGUGCAAGGCGCUCGGCAGAUCUUCGACGCGAAUCCAGACAAGAGCGUGGUCUCGUGGAACAGCAUGAUCGCGGCCUACGCUCACCGGGGGAUGCUGGACGAGGCAAAGAAUUUGUUCGAGAGCAUGCCGAUCAAGAACGUCGUCUCCUGGACGGGGAUGCUUCAAGCUCUCUCUCGCAGCGGCAAUGUGGAGGACGCAAAGCAGCUCUUUGACAAGAUGGAAAACAAGGAUCCCGUGACUUGGAACACCAUGCUCUCGGCCUUCGCGUCCAAAGGCAUGCUCAAGGAGACCAAGAGCUUGUUCGAGGAGAUGCCUUUCCGGGACCGAGUUACUUGGACGGCCAUGGUCACGGCUCACUCCCAGGCCGGGCAGGGGAAGGAGGCGAUACGCUACUACUACCAAAUGGCUCUCGAGGGACUCCAGCCGAACAGAGUUACGUCCUUGACGGUUCUCCACGCCUGUGCCGAGUACAAGAACUUCAAGGUGGCGAGAGCUUUCCACGAGCUGUUCGUGGAGAAUGGCCUGGAGGUGGACGUGACUAUCGGCACCGCGCUGGUGGACAUGUACGCAAAGUGUGGGAACCUUCAUCAGGCUCAGGUGGUUUUCGAUCGGAUGCCCGACCGGGACGUGGUAACUUGGACGGCGAUGACCACCGCGUACGCCAACGCUGGGAAGUUUGGCGAUGCUCAGGGGCUCUUCGCGGCCAUGCCGAUCAAGAACGUCGUCUCGCACAACACCAUGCUGGGAGCUCUCAUCAACGCUGGAAGGCUGGACGAGGCGAGGGAGAUGUUUGAGAGGAUGAGCGAGAAGAACUGGGCGAGCUGGAACUGGAUGAUCCUGGGAUACGCAAAGUCGGGUUUUGGAAGGGAGGCGCUGCGGCUGUUUGGACUCAUGGAUCUGGAAGGCUACUACGCGGACAGAUCGACUUACGCGAGCGCUCUCACAGCGUGUUCGAGCAUUCCAGCUCCAGUGCAAGGCAAGCUCCUCCACCAGGAACUUCUGGAGAGCGGUGGCCUGGAAGACGAUGCAGUGCUCACGACCGCGCUGCUCGACAUGUACGCCAGCUGCGGAGGCCUGGAAACCGCCGAGAUCUUGUUCCGGGAGAUGAUUUUCAAGGACGAAGUCGCGUGGACUGCGAUGAUCGCUGGAUACGUGCGCAACGAUCUCGACGUGAAGGCCGUGGAGCUCUUCCGGGAGAUGCUGGCGAAUGGCCUGAGCCCCGGGGCCGUGCCGUUCCUCCACUUGUUCUCGGCGUGUAGCCACCUCGGCUUCGUGGAGGAGUCGCGGUGGUACUUUUUGAUGAUGCUCGAGGACUACAAGGUGGUACCAGAGCUGGACCACUACUUGUGCUUGAUCGACUUGCUGGGACGAGCCGGGCAGCUGGACAGGGCCGAGGAGCUAAUUGAAACCAUGCCAUUCCAGCCUGUUGCUGGGGCCUGGAGGACGCUGCUCUCGGCUUGCAAGACGCACAACGAUAAGGAGCGAGCAGACCGAGCGGCAAAGAAGAACAGUGAGCUGGAUCCGGGGUGUGGCUCUCCAUAUCUCAUCCUCUCCAACUUAAACGCAGAGGCCGGGAAUGCAAAGGUGGAAGAAGCAAUAGCAGCUCGUCAAGAAGAGAAGAUGGUCGCAAGUAGAGUCUUACAUGCCGAGGCCGGGAAUGCAAAGGUGGAAGCAACAGGAGCUCGUGAAGAAGAAAGGAUGGUCGCAAGUAGAGUCGAGCCCGGAGGAAUCCAAGUGACAAACCAGGAACACCAACGCGGAGCUCCGGAAGAUGAGCGAUGGAGAGCCCGGGAAGAAGAACAAGGAACGAGCAAAAGCCAGCACGAAGUUUGGCAAGAAAACCAGUCCAGAGAUUCGCAAGGCCAGAGAGAAAAGAUCCAACUCGAGAAGAGUUUGGAUCAACUUUCAUCCCAUAUGGAGCAACUCUCAUAUGCAACAGGAGCUCGUCAAGAAGAAAAGAUGGUCGUGCCUGGAAGAAUCCAAGUGACAAACCAGAGAAGUCGGGAAGUCGAGAAGAGUUUGGAUCAACUUUCAUCCAAGAUGGAGGAGCUCGCUUCUUCUUCUUCUUCCAGUCGACGAUCGAUGAGGCAAGGUGGCGAUGAAACAAGGUGGUCGAGGACGAAGAGUAGUAGCAGCGAGUGGCCGGACGUGGAGUUCCCGCCGGACGAUCGGAAUGGCUUUGUGGAGGACGGCUAUGUCCAGCGGCGUGAGAUCUUUGGAGACUACCAGCGAUCGCAAGGCCAGCUCCACCGAGAAGCUCGCUACUCUUAUGAUCCUCCAAGCCAGGAAACACGUAGCGACGAUCAUCGAGCACAGGACUACGACGAGCUGUGGCGAGAGGAGGAGAGCUGGGAUCAGCCAGAGCAGCAAGCUCGGCCCUCGCGCAGUGACGACGAUCGAAUAGUUCCACGCAAGACGAAGGUGGAGCUCGAUUGCUGGGAAGGCGAGCGUGACGAUUACUACCAGCUGAGGCAGCGAGCUCUGAAGAACAAGAGCUCCUCCUCGUCUCACUACUCGCUGGUGAGCCAGGGAAGCUACGUGAAAUCCAACGCCAUGAAGGAGAUGGAGUUUUUCUACGACAAAAAAGAGAAAGAGCUGCAAGAACAGGAUUUUUACGAGCCAGAGUAUGGAUACAAGUGGUAACUUAGAGCGAAUAACUUCUUACAAAGCUUUUAUUUUGCGAGAAGAUCUUGCGAAGAUCACGUUAGCGAAGAACUUACAAUUCAUAGAACUUAAGUGCGAAGACUUUACAAAGCUUUUACUUUGCGAGAA